AUGUUGGUACCUCUGAGGAAGUUGUCAUCCUUGACAAUAGUUAAUGGUGGAAUAAAUCAGAUAACUGUUCUAAAUGAUUUCACAAACUUGACCUACAUAGAUUAUAGUUUCAAUAGAAUUAAAGAAAUUCAAGGAGACGUUGUUCAAAACCUGACUAAGUUGAAUCAAUUUGUUCUUCAAAGCAAUGGUUUAAAUAAUAUCAAUCAAACAUUUUUGCCCGAUUUCCUUUGGAAAAAGAAAAACUUCCUUCUUGAUGUAUCCUCCAAUCCCUUCGAUUGUGGAUGUCAACUGGAAUGGUUCAGAGUUUGGGUAGAAAACAACAAAGACAGGGUGACUGGAUACCCAAACAACUAUAUUUGUGAUUCCCCAUCGGAGUUAAAGGGAAAAAGCCUAUCCAACUUUGAUCCAGCUUUGGAAUGUCACAAAAUAAACCCCUAUAUUAUACUUACAUCAAUAUCCUGCGGACUUCUCUCUAUUCUAAUUUUCACGACAAUUCUUCUAAGGAAAUUUCGCUGGGAUAUUAAGUAUUACUUUUACAUUUGCAAAAAUAGAAAACCUAUGGGUUACAGAAGAUUUACCGAUGACGAAGAAUUUUUAUAUGAUGCUUUUAUUGCUUAUAAUACAAACGACAGAAAAUGGAUCAUGUCUGAACUUGUUAGAAUGCUAGAAAGAAAUCACAAAUAUAAACUCUGUUUGCACGAGAGAGAUAUCAUUCCAGGCGGUGUUUAUGUGGAUGACAUUCUAGAGAGCAUUGACACAAGCAGGAAGUUAAUUUUAGUGCUUUCAAAUAACUUUAUGGACGAUCAAUGGUGUAAAUAUGAAACAGCACUCGCAAGUCACACUUUGGCAGAUGGUGAUGGUCACAAGCUUUUUCUAAUUUUGUUGGAGAACAUUCGUUCUGAACACAUCAACAGAUCCCUGAAAGUGCUCCUAAAAUCAAUUUCCCAUGUAGAGUGGACAGAAAAUAAAACUGGUCAGAGAAUGUUCUGGCAAACUUUAAAGCAAUUUAUGGACAAGAGCUAA